CCCGGGGCUCUGCCUUCCACCCCCCGGUGACCCUUGCGGAGUGCCUUGGGAGAGAGGGUUUAGCUUUGCUGCCCUCCUCCAGACGCUGGCAGAGGGCACGCGUGAGGCCCGCGGCGGGCAGCAGCACCUCGGAGCCCCGGAGCCGCCCUUGGGCGGGCAGUCCGGUCCCGCCCCGCCGCCAGGUGCGGUGCCACCGUCCGCGGACCCAGGAAGUGCCGUCACGGCCUGUGCCGGGUGAAGAGGCUUCCGCGGGGCGGACAGACCCUUCCGUCGUCGGGUGGCGAGCCGGGGCCGCCGCCGCCAUGAGCAAGAUUUCCAAAUUCUUCAAAGGGGGCGGCUCGGCCGCCUCCAAGAGCCGCGGGAGGCCCUCGCCGCAGGAGGCACUGGCCCGUCUGCGGGAGACUGAGGAGAUGCUCAGCAAGAAGCAGGAGUACCUGGAGACCCGAAUCGAGCGGGAGCUGGCGGCAGCCCGGCAGUACGGUACUAAGAACAAGCGAGCUGCCCUACAAGCACUUAAGAGGAAAAAGAGAUAUGAGAAACAGUUGAGUCAAAUUGAUGGGACGCUUUCGACCAUUGAGUUCCAAAGAGAGGCACUGGAAAAUUCCCAUACCAACACAGAAGUGCUCAAGAAUAUGGGUUAUGCUGCAAAAGCUAUGAAAAAAGUACAUGAAAAUAUGGACUUGAACAAAAUUGAUGAUUUGAUGCAAGAUAUCACUGAACAGCAGGAUGUUGCCCAAGAAAUUUCAGAUGCCAUCUCAAACCGAGCUGCCUUUGGUGAUGAGUUUGAUGAGGACGAGCUAAUGGCAGAAUUAGAAGAACUGGAGCAAGAAGAAUUGAACAAGGGAAUGAGAGAUGUCAGGUUGCCAAGUGUUCCAUCCACAUCGCUGCCUUCUCGGCCUGCAUCAACCAGGAAUAGAGUGGAGGAUGAAGAUGAAAUGAAGCAACUGGCUUCCUGGGCUUCGUAAGAGCAUGGUCUUUUUAUAACACAGAACUUUACAAUGCAGAUGUGAAGAACUGUUUUAUAACUAUACCAAUUUAGUGUGGCUGCAUUUCUUACAGGCUGGGUUUUUUUAUGGAAAAUCUUGCUAAGAAUGGUGUCACUGUCUUAUUACAAAACUAGUCUAAAACAAAGGAAAAAUACAAUAAUUACCAAAACU